AUGAAGCUUGACGCAACAGAUCUGCGAUACAUCACCUCGGAUGAAUUUCGGGUACUGACUUCAGUGGAAAUUGGAUCGAAGAACCACGAAGUUGUCCCAACUCCCCUCAUCGUACAAAUCUCCGGCCUUCGAAAUGGGGGCGUUAACAAGCUGAUCGGGAGUUUGGCGAAACGCAAUUUAGUCGCUAAAGUGCAGAACUCGAAGUAUGAUGGAUAUAGAUUAACGUAUGGCGGAUACGAUUAUCUGGCUAUGCGUGCAUUAUCCAAGCGAGACUCGAUGUACUCUGUUGGAAACCAGAUUGGAGUCGGGAAGGAGGCUGAUGUAUACAUAGUUGCAGACGCGGAGGGCAAUGAAUUGGUCCUUAAACUACACAGGCUAGGCCGUAUUUCAUUUCGUGCCAUCAAGGAAAAAAGAGAUUAUAUGGGAAAGCGCAAGUCGGCGUCGUGGAUGUAUAUGUCGCGACUAGCAGCGCAGAAAGAAUGGGCUUUUAUGAAAAUCCUCCACGAACAUGAUUUCCCGGUCCCCCGGCCUGUUGAUCAAGCUAGGCAUUGCAUCCUUAUGGAAGCAAUCGAUGCAUAUCCGCUACGACAGAUCGCUGACGUUCCGUCGCCGGGCAAGUUAUACUCGACGUUAAUGGAUAUCAUUGUACGAUUUGCGCGGGCGGGGCUUAUUCAUGGCGAUUAUAACGAAUUCAAUAUCCUGAUUCGACGAGAGAGUGGCGAACCGAUAGUCAUUGAUUUUCCACAGAUGGUCAGUACGUCACACGAAAAUGCCGAAUGGUACUUCAAUCGCGAUGUGGAAUGUAUACGCACCUUUUUCCGCCGACGUUUCAAGUACGAAAGUGCGUUGUACCCCAGGUUCAAGACUGUCAAAGCCGAAUCAAAUGGUGAAAAUGAUGGUUUCCGAUUGGAUGUAAUGGUUGCAGCUAGCGGUUUUGCGAAGAAGGACCAAAACACUUUAGAGGAGUAUAUGGAAGCUGUUCGAGCAAACGAACCCCAGGAUGACGCAGAUCAAAACAGCUCCGAUGAAGAGGAAGAGGAGGAAGAGGAGGAAGAAAAUGACGAGGGCGAAGCUGACGACGUUCUGGAAAGCCAUGAAGACAACGUCCAGGUUGAAACCGGUGAUGGGCACAGUGAAUCGGAGAUGCAAGAACCUGAAGGCAUGCAAACCCCUCUAAGCACCAAAGUGCCAUCGUGUUCACAACCUGGGCCAAGCACUGACACGUUCGAUUCCCCGGACCCAAUUUCUCGGCCCAACAGCCGCAUGUCUCGGUUGUCAAGAUCACCGCCACGCUCCCGCUCGCCUUCGCCUGAUAGCUUGGCAAAGAUGGCCGCUUCUCUGAGCCUACAGGACGCUGCUUUUCGGGAGAGGGUCGCAUCUGACCUCGCCAAGCGUUCGCGCCAGCAAAAAAAGUAUCACACAAAACGUGCUGCACAGAGAGCCGGACGGCCGCAAGGAAGCAAAGCCAAGCAGGACACGCGGGUCAAACUUGACAAAAGCGGAAUAUGGGAGUAA